AUCAUUAUACUGAUAUUGAUGACUUGAUUUUUAUUAUGAAAUAUUUUUCUUUAACUUAAGAAAUUAAUUGACCAUUAUUUCAGUCUCUAUAAAUUAUUGGAAGGUUCAAUUAUAAAAGCAUUGUAUCUGCGACACCAUUCAAGAUGGUGAAGAUUAUGAAAAGUGGUAAAGUUGUACUGGUCCUUAGUGGUCGGUAUGCUGGAAGAAAAGCUAUUGUAAUGCGUACUUUUGAUGAUGGUACUACAGAUAAGCAGUACGGACAUGCUAUGGUUGCAGGUAUUGAUAGAUACCCACGCAAAGUCCAUAAAAGAAUGGGAAAAGGAAAAUUACACAAACGUUCCAAGAUUAAGCCUUUUGUAAAAGUUUUAAAUUACAAUCAUUUAAUGCCUACAAGAUAUACAGUACCAGAACUACAAUUAGAUAAAGUAGCUCCUAAAGAUCUUAAGGAUCCGAUGAAACGAAAGAAGGCACGAUUCCAAAUCCGUGUUAAAUUUGAAGAAAGGUACAAAUCUGGUAAAAAUAAGUGGUUCUUCCAAAAAUUGAGAUUCUAAUCUUUUCAAAUAAAUACUUACAUUCAAAAUA